AAGCUGUACGUUGCAUCUUUCUUCAUUUAUCGCAAACCGCACGCUGCUAUCGUCCAACAAUGUUAGUUACCAUGCGCUUAUAAAUUGUCGUCAAUGUAGCCGAGGCACUUCAGUCGACAUCACCGAGCGAAAUCAACAUCAAUCAAAGCUGAAUACUGUCGGAGGUUUUUUCUUGCCGUUCGUUAAUAUCAAUCACGGGCUUUUCAAACCAUACCAUUAUAUAAAUCUAUACUGGAAUAAGUCAUGAGUUCGUACGAGGGCUUUUCUACCAAAGCUAUUCACGUUGGACAAAAUCCGCAACAAUGGAGUCAUUAUGCAUUGAUACCCCCCAUAGUGAUGUCUACUAAUUUUCAACAAGAUCCUUCUGAUCAUAGAAGUUUCCUAUACGGCAGAAGUGACAAUCCUACACGCAAAGUAUUAGAAACUUGCCUGGCUGCUCUAGAAGGUGGCAAAUGCGCUGUCACUUAUUCUUCUGGUUUAGGAGCUACAACAGCAUUGACAAGUUUAUUAAAUUCAGGAGAUCAUCUUAUCGCUGGAGAUGAACUUUAUGGUGGAACCAGUCAUUAUUUUCAAACCGGCUUAACUAAAAACAAUAUAGAUGUUACUUUUAUAGACUUGACUGUGCCACAAAAUGUUAUUGAUGCUCUGAAACCAAAUACUAAGAUGAUAUGGUUAGAGUCGCCAACGAAUCCCACGCUAAAACUGAUUGACAUCAAAGCUAUCGUUGACAUUGUAAAGUCUCGCCAGUCAGACAUAAUAAUAAUUGUCGAUAACACAUUUUUGACGUGUUAUUACCAAAAACCCUUGGAGCUCGGAGUUGACAUAGUAAUGUAUUCCUUAACAAAGUAUAUGAAUGGCCAUUCAGAUGUUAUAAUGGGUGCAGGGAUUACACGCCGGGACGAUCUCGAGAAGAGAAUGCGAUAUUUUCAAAAUACAAUGGGAAUUAUCCCAUCACCCUAUGACUGCAGCAUGGUCAUUCGAAGUUUAAAAACGCUCGAAAUCAGGAUGGAACGGCAUAUGAAAAAUGGUCUGGCCAUAGCGAAAUUUUUGGAGAGCCAUUCUAAAGUGGAGAAAGUGCUCCAUCCAUUACUCCCUUCGCAUCCGCAACAUAAACUCGCAAUUAAACAAUUAAAAGGUUACAGUGGAAUGGUAUCUUUCUACUUGAAAAGUGACCCAACGAAGUUCUUAAAGGCACUGAAAGUCUUCACUCAAGCCGGGUCGUUAGGGGGUCCCGAGUCAUUGGUUGAAAUGCCCUUCUUCUUGUCGCACUCUUCUAUACCCGUGAAAAUACGAUACGCCUUAGGUAUCACUGAAAAUUUGAUUCGAAUGUCUAUUGGUCUUGAAGCAGAGCAGGACCUUAUAGCUGAUCUCCAACAAGCACUAGAUGCUUGCUAAUCAAAGUUAUUUUAAAUAGCAACAUAAUAUAACAAGGGUAUGUAACAAGGAAAUAGUUGCAUACAUUUUACAAUAUAAUUCAAAUUUAAAGAAAUUCAUAUGAAAGUUCCAUAUUAUUGCUUACUGCAAGAGUGAUGUAAAGGCAUAAUUACAACAAUAAAUACAUCUUCGAUACAAG